AUGGUGUCGGGGGCAGCGGCUCGCGGGGGAGGGCACUGGGCGGGUGGCUGGGGCGGGCAUGGGGAGGAGGGGAGAGCGGAGAGCAAGGUGGACACGUCUGUUUUGGAAAUUGCGGGCAGAGCCAAAGCUUGUCUGAGUCACAAGAGAGAUUUCGUCAACCAACGUUUCCUGGGACAGGUUGUGCCGCCUCUGGGCAUGAGCUUCCGUGACCACGGUGACCACGCCCCACCAGUGGCCGCACUCCACCGACGGUCCAGGCCUGGGGGGACCCCUGCGGAGUGCUCCCGGACAGAAACGCGCCAGAGCCCGCGGGGCAGAUUAAGAAACCUGGGGCUGGGCCCGUCUCCACCGCGGACGCCUGUGGGUCCUCGGCAAGCCGCUUCCACAUCAGGGCCCGGCGUUCUCACCCGGGAUGCUGGUGCCCACGCUGCCUGCACCCGUCCCGGGAGCCACUGCAAGGCCCUGGAAGUCCAGGGGUGGGGAGGGAAACCCCUCGCUGGGCCCCACCCGCCGCCUGGCUGGGACCCAGGCCAGGCGGUCUCAGGGCCCGCUGCCCCUCUGCCUGCCCCGGGGGGCUGCAAAAUUGCGGGGUGA